AUGUUACAGCAUCUGUCUAUUAUUUUUCAGGAACAUCUAAAUACUCUUAAAGAAAACGCUCCACGUGUGGAUACUACGAAGCUUGAACAACUGCUAUCCGCUGCUUACGCAUUUAUCAGUCCUGAGCUACAACAAAUCAGCUUGCCCGACUUUCCUGUAGAUAACUUGAAUGUUGCUGCACUUAUUUUGGAACGGAACCCUAAUAUUCCAGUCCAUAAACUUUUGUAUUUAUUAUAUCCAUACAACACAUUCCUAUCAAGAGAUCAUAUAAAGAACGUGGAAAUAGUAUUACAUAACUUAAAUAUUGAAACCAAGCCUCAAUGGAGUAUUGCUUUACAUAAUGUUGAGUUCAAAGAUAACCAAGCUUUAGUAAAUAUAGAGAUAAAUGGUGAAAAGUCACAGUUCAGUGUGUCAUGUGGAGGAAACAAGAGUAAGACGGAGAAAAAGGGAUUUGUUAAAACAGAGUAUCAAACUCAAUUGCUAAAUGAAUUGCUAUUGAGUCAUAGUGUUGGCGAUUUUUGUAUAGUUGGUCCAAAAGGAUGUGGUAAAAGCCUUCUUGUUUCCCAACUAGCCUCGCUAUUAGGGUACACAAUAGAACCAAUUGUUUUAUACCAAGAUAUGACAGCUAGGGAUCUUAUACAACAAAGAACAACUUUGGACAAUGGGGAUACAGUAUGGAGAAAUUCAGCUUUAGUGGAAGCUGCUUUGAAAGGCCACUUGGCAGUUUUAGAUGGUUUGCACAGAAUACAUGCAAGUACUCUAGCUGUUUUGCAUAGAUUAGUUCACGACAGAGAAUUACAGCUACACGAUGGCACUAGGCUCUUACGACAUGAUCGAUACGAUGACUUGCUUGCCUCUGGAUUGUCCCAGAAAGAUUUAGAAGAAAGUGGUGUAAAGAGGAUACAUCCUGCUUUCAGGAUAGUAGCUUUAGCGGAACCGCCAAUAUUAGGCAGCGGUCAGCAAUGGUUGUCACCGGAGAUACUUAGCCUCUUCAUAUUCCAUGAAAUGCGAAAUCUGAGCAAAAAUGAAGAGAUGUUUAUUAUUAAUUCUUUGUAUGGAGACAUUUCCGAUCCGUUACAUUCUAUAAUGGAGCUAGCUGAUCAAUUAAGAAAAUCAGAAGAUAGCACUUUAAAAAAUCUAUCUUCAUCUCUAUCCACAAGACAGUUAUUACGGAUAGCGAGUCGCAUGGCCAAAUACCCGGCCGACUCUGCCUAUGAAACAAUACAAAGAACAUUCUUAGCUAAAUUCCUACCUAAUUUGGCGAGACGAGCCCUAGAUGGCGCUUCAAACAAAAUCGGAAUUCAACAACCAUCAAAGUUUGGAUUAUUUGACAAAAAAUCCACAAAAGUUGGAUGUUCCGUACAAAAUGGCAUCCUAAAAAUUGGGAAUACAAGCACAAAUAUAUUCAAAACCGAUGCUCUAACAAAAGUGCCUGAUAUCUUGUUCUAUGAUGUUCCACAACACAUAGCUUUAUUAGAAUGGCUCCUACAGGACUUUCUACUUGGUAAUCAUUUGCUAUUGGUAGGAAACCAAGGGGUGGGGAAGAACAAAGUCGCCGACCGUCUAUUACAAUUGCUCAAUAGACCGAGAGAAUAUAUCCAGUUACAUAGAGACACUACAGUGCAAUCAUUAACUGUUCAACCAAAUGUUAAAGAUGGCAUAGUGAUAUACGACGACUCACCAUUAGUAAAGGCGGUUAAAAACGGUCAUGUCUUAGUAGUCGAUGAGGCGGAUAAAGCUCCUACACACGUUACUUGUAUUUUAAAGACUUUAGUAGAAAACGGGGAGAUGAUUUUAAGUGAUGGAAGACGCAUAGUGCCCAAAGAUAUGAUGGAUGAUUCGGGGGGACAUGUAUCUAGUUUUAUACCAGUUCAUGAUGAUUUUAGAAUGAUUGUUCUAGCUAAUCGGCCAGGAUUUCCGUUUUUGGGCAACGACUUCUUUGCUUCUUUAGGUGAUCUAUUUUCCUGCCACGCAGUAGAUAACCCAUCGAUAGAUUCAGAAAUGGAACUUCUUCGUUCGUACGGGCCCGAUGUACCGGAAGAUGUAAUGAAGAAACUGGUCCAAGCGUUUGCAGUGCUGAGGGAUAUGGCUGACCAGGGCCAAUUGACUUACCCAUACUCUACGAGGGAGCUCGUGAAUAUUGUUAAACAUUUACAGAAAUAUCCGGACGAAGAUCUAGCGACUGCAAUAGGUAACGUGUUCGAUUUCGAUCGAUACAGCAAAGAUAUGGCGGACACAUUAUUAGAAGUGCUACAUUCAAGCGGGCUCCCCACUGAGGGAGUGCUGGAGGGCAGAUCAAAGGAAGCAUUGAAAAAGUUACAAAUGACCAUAGAAAGAACUAGUGGCAAAGACGUAUCAUCCCCAAAGCAUGGUAAAGAAGACCCAGAGAACCAGCCGCAUGUAGGCGGUAAUACAUGGGCGGGCGGUACUGGAGGCAGGGACACUGCAGGGCUGGGCGGGAAGGGUGGUCCCUACCGCCUGGACAAGGGACAUGAUGUGCAUCAGUUAUCUGACGCAGAAAAAGACGACAUUCCAGAGCAUGUAAAGAAAGCGGCGCGAGAAAUGAAUAGAAAAGCUUUUGAAGAGCGACUGAAAGAAAUUAAGAUGAGUGAAUAUGAUGCCAAGUUGUAUGGACAGUUUUUAAAAGCAGUACAACCACAGAUAGGGGCCCUCCGAGGAGUUUUGGCUGAGCUUCAGGCGAAGAAGAAAGAGCGCAGCUGGAGCAGACAUCAGACCAGCGGCGAAUUAGAUGACGGGAAAAUUAUUGAGGGUUUAACAGGUGAACGGUCUAUAUAUAGGCGUCGUACAGAACAGGAGCCGCCGCCGGGCGCGCCGCCCGACAAGCCGAAGCGACUGCGGCUAGUACUCGACGUAUCUGGCAGUAUGUAUAGAUUCAAUUCCUACGAUGGUCGUCUAGAACGUUCUAUGGAAGCUGUAGUCUUGAUAACAGAGGCUCUCAGAGGUUACGAAGCGCGUAUUCGCUACGAUAUGUACGCGCAUUCUGGUGAAGAACAUGCUUUAGAACUUGUCAGGGUUGAUAGGCCUCCUACUGAUGAGAAACAGAGGCUACAGAUAAUCCGUACGAUGCACGCGCACUCGCAAUUCUGCUGGUCGGGCGACAACACGUUGCCGGCGGCGCGGCACGCCAUCGCCUCCCUCGCUGAGGAGGACGCAGACGAGGCCAUCGUCUUGAUAUUAUCUGAUGCUAAUUUACGACGAUAUGGCAUCGCACCAGAAGAGCUGGGAACCAUUCUAACAUCGGACCCGAGGGUGCAGGCACACGCUAUAUUCAUUGGCAGCUUGGGAGACGAAGCUAAUGUUCUUCUUCGAAAGUUGCCGGCGGGCCACGCGCACGUUUGUAUGGACGUGGCAUCUCUGCCUCAAAUAAUGCAGCAGAUAUUUGCCUCCUCGUUGCUACAGAAUUCA